UGUUCUGGCUAUUUGUUUACCUUUCAAGCGACGCGCAAACGCAUUCCUCAGUUCACGAAUAGCAAAAAUACGAUGGAGAGAGUUUUCGACCAAAAAACUUCACCGUCCUCAAAAGAUGGCACAAGUGGCAGUGUUUACGAGCGUCGUAAUGAAAUAGAAGGCAAAAUGGAUCAGGAGUGUGAAGCAGCAAAGGCCACUUUACAAACUACAGCUGAAUCUGAUUCGGAAGAUGAAGUGGAAAAUUUUAGCUUGGCGGCUGAACAGGAAGCUUCGUCCGAUAGUGAUUCCACAUCCCAGCCACAUGACACCAACCAGAACGAAACCAUGUUGGAUAAGUUGCCCAUUACUACGAUUUCGGAAAUGUUUAGCGUGCUGUCCAAACAAAUCACAAUAAUGCUGGAGAAUACCAUAGAAAUUGGACGGAAAACCGAUCGCCUCCAACAGGCCGUAGCGGAAAUAUCGGACCGAAUGGAGCUGGUCGAGCAACAGGUGCGCAUUUCGGAUACGCGGCAAAUGACCCAUGUAGUUAAGGAAGAAUAAAAAAAAUCCAACAGUUUAAUAGGCGACUUGA